AUGACAAAGGAGGAAUUGGUCACGCUGUUUCUUCGUACAUCACGGACAUUCGAUCCUGUUCAACAGACUCCUCUUUCUGUCGAGGCUGGCCCGUCGCCCUCCACCUCCGCGGCGUUGCCAGGGUCGGCUGUUCCGCGCCGAUUAGAGCAUUUCGAGAGUGCAUACGUCUUAUCGGGUGGUUUGGAGGAGCGUGUGCGGAGUGUCUGCUUUGCGGAAUCGCUGGGGCGGUUGUUCGGUCGCCAACACCCUUGA